CGUCGACGUCGGUCUGGCUGCGUAGGGUGGCCCUGCAGGCUCCUUUCCUGGGCUGGGUGGGCCGCGGGGGCCCCGCACCUUGCGCAAUCGGCUCCUCCAAGGCCUUCAAGUCUUCGCUGGUCUUAUCGUAGGCCGUGACGACAUGAGCAACAAAGAAGGAUCAGGAGGGUUCAGGAAAAGGAAGCAUGACAAUUUCCCACAUAACCAGAGAAGAGAAGGGAAGGAUGUUAACUCUUCUUCACCUGUGAUGUUGGCCUUCAAAUCCUUUCAACAGGAACUUGAUGCAAGACAUGACAAAUAUGAGAGACUUGUGAAACUUAGUCGGGAUAUAACUGUUGAAAGUAAAAGGACAAUUUUUCUCCUCCAUAGGAUUACAAGUGCUCCUGAUAUGGAAGAAAUAUUGACUGAAUCGGAAAAUAAAUUGGACAGUGUGAGACAAAAGAUACUACAGGUAGCCCAAGAGUUAGCAGGAGAAGAUAUGCAUCAAUUCCAUCGAGCCAUUACUACAGGAUUGCAAGAAUAUGUGGAAGCUGUCUCUUUUCAGCACUUCAUCAAAACGCGAUCAUUAAUCAGUAUGGAUGAAAUUAAUAAACAGUUGAUAUUUACAACUGAAGACAAUGGGAAAGAAAACAAGACUCCUUCCUCUGAUGCACAAGAUAAGCAGUUUGUUACUUGGAGAUUGAAAAUCACACCGGUUGAUUACCUUCUGGGAGUGGCUGACUUAACUGGAGAAUUGAUGCGGAUGUGUAUUAACAGUGUGGGAAACGGGGACAUUGACACGCCCUUUGAAGUGAGCCAGUUUUUACGUCAGGUGUAUGAUGGGUUUUCCUUCAUUGGCAACACUGGGCCUUAUGAGGUUUCUAAGAAGCUAUAUACCUUGAAACAAAGUCUGGCUAAAGUAGAAAAUGCUUGUUAUGCCUUGAAAGUCAGAGGUUCAGAAAUCCCGAAACAUAUGCUGGCAGAUGUGUUUUCAGUUAAAACGGAAAUGAUCGAUCAAGAAGAGGGUAUUUCUUAGAGUGAUACCACUCAGUUAUUCUUUUGAACUCCUAAGAGAGACCAAUUUGUAUAAGACUGUUAUUUAGUGUUUCAUUUGACUUUGUUGUGGCUUUUAUGUAGAAAUGCUUUUAGUUGUACUUGUUUUAAAUUGUACACAAGCUGUACAUAAAAUUAUCCAAAUGAGUCAUUUCUUAUAUUCAUGAAAAUUUGCAUACAAAUGUUUGCAUACAUGCCUAAUUUGGACUUUUUGCAGGUUAACUAUCAUUUAUCUUUGUUAUGCAAACAUGCUUUAGAUUGCACUUUCUGCCAUGUCUGUAUUAAUUUACUUUGUGAAUUUUGCAGUGGUAGUUUUUAGUGAAAGCCAUUUAUAAAUUAAAUUGGUGAAUUUGAGAUAUAUAUAUAUAUAUAUACGUAUAUAUAUAUAUGGUAAACAUUUCUUAAACCUUGCACUUGUGCUUCCUGUUUAAAUUUCUUGGUAAUAUUGUGCCACACCUCCAAAAUAAGAUUAUUCCAUGGAACAAGAAUUGAAAAUUAAUAAGCUGCCAAUAUUUUUAAGUUCAAGUUUAUGAAGAACUAUAGUGAAAAUUCAUAUUACAGUCCAACUUUAGGCCUUUUUGAAUUUGUCUGAAAUAGCCUCCCAGAAAAACUGACAGAUGUUAUUUCUUUCUUUAGUUUUUUGUUCUUUAUCACUGAAUAUCUGAUGGAAAAGUGGAGCUAAUAUUGUAAUGCUUUCAGUCUUAACAGUUGAGUUGAAUUAUAUAUUUGUGCAUACAAUUUAAGAACUUAUAAUACUGAUUAUUUUACCACUUUGUUGUUAUUUGGCAUGUUUGGAGGCUUUCCUAUUCUAGCAUCUAUUAGAAAUUACAUUAACUAAUUCUAAUGCAGUUUUGAGAUGCUAAAGUUAAUCCAAGAGUUUUCCUGUGGCAUUAUCUAAUAAAUAAAAGUUGCCAAAGAAAAUUUACAUUCAAUUCAGCAAUAAGAUAAUUGUCAACACAGUUGAGAAUAGCAGUGGUAGUCUAGUAAUAUUUAGAAUUGGAAUUUGCCUAUUGAAAUUAGUGGUAGAUUAUCAUUUGUGAUGUGAAACUGACUUGAGCCUAGCACUGUUGGCCCACAACCAGACAUUUCCAAUUGGUUUGAUGAGUUUUGAGAAUCUAAAUACUAAAUUUUAUUUUUGGUAAGAUUAGUGCUCUUUGUGUAAGGGCUGAUUCUUUUAAAAUGUAAUUUUCCAAGACAUAUCACCUAUUGGAAAAUAAAAUGUGGACAUGCUUAAUAAAUUAGGUUUGCUUGUUUGUUUGCUUUGAUGAUAGUGGGUUUUUUGUUUCCACAUUCUGUGGUACACUGCAGAGAUAUAGUCAGUCCCAUUGCAUAUCUUGUUUCUUCUGCCCACUUGAAAUUAAAUUUGUAAUGGUAAAUGUAAAAUAAUAAUGGAUUGAAGAAUGUUUUACAAAUGUUGAAAAUUGUGGUCUUUUGAAUAAAAUAUUAAAAUAUA